AUGUCCUCCAUUCCUUUCCCAGUCUUAACCCACAAAGAAGAAUGUGCAUUUGAGUUAAAGUCUGAACUGCAGAAAGCCAUGUCUAAGGUUGCCAAUCCUCCGCUUCCAUUAGGGGAAAAAAUUAUACUCUUUGGUCUGUCUGAAAUGUGCACGGAAAAAAAAGACCCAGGUUGGGCACAUGCGAGGAUCAGGGAAAGGAAUUCCAGUGCUGACCAUCGAGUCCGACUGGACCUGGGCCUCUGGGACAAAUUCAGUGAACUGGCCAAGUGCAUUAUUAAGAUCGUGGAGUUUGCUAAACGUCUACCAGGCUUCACCGGCUUGACCAUUGCAGACCAAAUCACCCGGCUGAAGGCAGCCUGUUUGGACAUCCUGAUUCUGAGAAUCUGCACCAGGUACACCCCAGAGCAAGACACCAUGCCGUUUUCGGAUGGCCUGACCCUGAAUCGAACCCAGAUGCACAAUGCAGGGAUCAGACCCCUGACCGACCUCUUAUUCACCUUCGCCAGCCAGCUCCUACAUCUGGAGACAGAUGACACGGAGACAGUCCUUCUCAGUGCCAUCUGCUUGAUCUGUGGAGACCGCCAGGACCGUGAGGAACCAACAAAAGUAGAUAAGCUACAAGAACUAUUGCUGGAAGCACUACAAGUUUAUAUCAGAAAGAGACGAUCCAGCAAGCCUCACAUGUUUCCAAAGAUCCUCAUGAAAACCACAGAUCUCCGCAGCAUCAGUGCUAAAGGUGCAGAAAGUGUAAUUACAUUGAAAACGGAAAUUCCUGGCUCAAUGCCCCCUCUAAUUCAGGAAAUGCUAGAGAAUUCUGAAGGACAUGAACCCUUGACCCCAAGCUCAAGUGGGAACACAGCAGAGCACAUUCCCAGCACCUCGCCCAGCUCCGUGGAGAACUGUGGUGUCAGUCAGUCACUACUGCUGCAAUAA